AUGGAUAAUAUCCUCUCGUUGCCCGCUAUUUCGGAGCUCCUCGUCCAAUACGAGGGAAAUCCAUCCACUGAGAACCUCAAGACCAUGGUGGCCGGUCUUCUGACCUUUGCCUUUGAUCCUGACGACAACUGGUUCAUGAAAUGGCAGGAAGACGCCGAGAACAACCACUCGAACUGCUUCGUCAUGAAGAUCAUCGAUGGCAAGAAAACCCUGCACACCAUUGUCAAAAUUCUUCUCGACCCCUCCGCUUCCAUCAACGUCGCUUGGGACCAGUACAUUCCCCAGCUCCUCACUGCCCCGCUCCCGAAUGAUCGGUGCUGGGCAAUCCUGAUCCGUGGCAUGAAGGUCCGCCUCCACGAGUAUCAUCGCAACCAGGACCCUGAUUGCCGUUUGGUCCCCUGCGACUUCACCGUCAAUAACAAGCUCAAGCAUACGGUCCACAUGCGAAAGAACCCUACCGAAGUGCACAACCUCUUCAACGGUAUUCCUGUCAAGUACCCCGAGCCACUUGAUGAGGUUCAACUCGAUGCCCUGCCCCUGAGUGAUGCGCUCCUCAAGCUCCCGACUGCAUCUAAGGUUACCGGUAAUGGGAUCUCCGAUGUCGUGGUUACCGUUCAGCAACAUGCAUCUUCCUCUGAGGACUCUACUACUCAGGCCAACAAGGCUACACAGGCUAUUGUGAUUCAAACUGAGCCUGUCACUCAGGUGGAGCCUCUCGUCAAGCUGGAGGCUAUCCCCGAGCAAGAGCAUGCCACCCAGCCUGUCUCUGCUACCAAGGUCAAGUCUGCUACCAAGGACACAGCUGCUAUCAAGAAGAAGUCGGCUACCAAGAAAAAGACUACCACCGAGGUGAAGCCAGCUACCAAGUCCAAGACCACUCACGCUAAGUCGGCUGUUUCCACCAAGGCUGCUGAUGAAGUCGAGACUGCCUCCAAGCCCUAUUACUUGCUGGCAAUUGACGCCAAGGGAGAAGUCUCCAACUAG